AUGGGAGCACACGCAAUCACAGAAGUAAGCGAGCUUGUUAAAGAUCAUCUUUGUAAGGUUUUCUCUUUGCCAGUCUUGACCGCUAAUUACGCCGGUUCCAAAAUCAAACGCGCCCAGAUGCGCAGGAGGCUGGAUGAGCUAGCUUGCCGGUUGCCACCCCUCAAUCGGCCGCCAGGCUCGCCAAGGCAUCCAGAAUCGACAGGCUUGACGUCUAAAUUACAGUGA